AACUAUGAUUAAGGAGGAAUCACCUCAAAAAACAUAUUAAAGAAUAACUUAAACUCCAUAAUUAAAUAAAAAUCAAUAAUCAAAUUAUUUUUCUAUUAAGAAUAGAUCCAAAAAAUAAAGAAGAACAUCCUCUAAUGAAAAAGAAAGACCCAGUACAAACUAAAUCUUUAAUAUUUAAUAAUUAAAGUAAAAUAAGUAGGAAAUAUAAUCAAGUAAAUCAAAAUUGAAAUUUUAAUUGAGGCCAUUCACUGAUAUUUUAGAGAAUAAAGUCAAAAAAACAAAUGAUGAAUAAAUAUGUAGGAUAGAAUAAUAAAAAUUAAACAAUCAAUUGUAAAAUUAAAUUGUUGAAUAAACAAUUUAACCAAAUAUUACAGAAUAGUAAGAUAAGAAAACUAUUUUAAAUAAUUAUUUUAAAUAAAAAUUAGAUUCUAAUUCUGAAUAAAAUUAUAAUAGUGAAUAAAAUGAUGAUAAAAAUGUAACUAAGUAUAAAAUCUAAGAGUUGAAUUUUGAUUAUAAUAAAAUAAGAGUUUUAAAAUAAAUUUUUAAGGGAAUUUUAGCAAAAAUAUAAUUGGCUGAUAAUUUAUUACAAUCAUAACGUAAAUUAAAUUAGAUCUUAGAAUAUAGAUAAGAUAUAUUUCGUUAUCUGAUAGUUAAUUAUUAAUAGUCAGUUUUUUUAAAUCUUAUUUCAAUAAAAAAUAAUGAAAUAAAGAGAGAGUAAUACCCUUUAUAGAAUUAAUUGAUAGAGUUUAUAGAGCCAAUUAAUUAUUUUUAAGAUGAGGAGUUUGAGUUGUAGAUGAAUAAUUUAAAAGAGACAUUAUAAAAGUUAGAUUUAAAAAAUUAAGUAUCUAUUUAUUUAAAGAUAAGUUAGCAUUCUAAUAACUGAAUGAUAUAUUAUAGAGUAAAGAGAAAUAUAAUUUAGAAGAUAUUUUUGAAUUAAUUAGAACAAAAGAUAUAAAAUAUAAUUUUGUAAGAAUUAUAGAAUGUUAUUGCAAUCAUUACUAAGAAUUUUUGGAAUAGCUUAAGAAUGAUUAGAAUUAGUUAAAAUCAAAAGAAUUGUUGAUGUAAAUUUUGAGAUUGAGUAUAGGUUCUUAGGAUAUUCAACAAAAUUCAUAGAGAGUGAAAGUGUUUACUCAAUAGAAAAUUUGAAAAUCAUAAAUAUAGAUGAGAUUUGUAAUUAGGAAGAGAAUUAUAAGAAUAUAGUAAAGAUGAUUAAAGAGAAUUGGAAGAAAAAGGAAAAUGUUUGA